AUGGAAAGCCGAAACUCUCGCCCAUGCAAACCUGUUGAUAAGAAGGUCCUGUACACUGACAGCCUCUCCAGCCUAUCGACACAACAGCACAGCCUAUCAGAUGGAGAGGAGCAGCUGGACCGCCUCCAGCAGGCAGAGCUCACUCGGAACAUGCCCAUGUCACUGUGGAAGGCAGGGGCAGUACAAGCCUGGCUGGAGGUUGUCAUGGCAAUGCCCAUGUAUAUCCGUGCUUGCACGGAAAACGUCAAAAGUGGCAAGGUGUUGCUGGGGAUGACAGACGAGGACCUGGAGCUGGGACUGGGUAUCAGUAAGCCCAUGCACCGCAGGAAGCUACGCCUCGCCAUCGAGGACUACAGGGAGGCAGAGGCUGGCCAGGGGCUAUCAAAGGCUGCAGAAAUGGAUCAUCACUGGGUUUCCAAAUGUUGGUUGAGUGACGUCGGGUUGCCACAGUAUUCCCAAGCCUUCCAAAAUCAACUGGUGGAUGGUCGGGUGCUCAACUCCCUCAGCCGACGAGACCUAGAGAGACUCCUGAACGUCACCACAGAGGCCCACCAAAACAGCCUGCUCCUGGCUAUACAGCUCCUGCAACUGAUCAACUUCAACAAAGAGGUGCUGCAGGCUCGCCGGGCCCAGUGUGAGCACCAGCACCAGGACCCUGUAGUUUGGACCUGCCACAGAGUCAUGAAGUGGAUCAGAGACAUAGACCUAAAAGAGUAUGCUGACAGUCUCCAUGGCAGGGGAGUCCAUGGCGCUAUGCUGGCUCUGGACCCCUCCUUUGAUGCAGAUGCCAUGGGCAGGGCCCUGGGAAUCCCCAGCCACAAACACAUGCUCCAUCGGCACCUAUAUGAGGAGAUGAAGGCUCUCGCCAUCCCUGCCAGGCAUAGUCGUGUUGAGCAGGAUUGUGAUACGUUGGGAACCCCACCACAAUCACCUUCUGUUGUUAGCCGCUAUAAUGACGAGAGUGUCUCCAUGAGACGAAGACCAGGCAAGAGUCCUCUAAGGUUCAGCCCAAAGACCGCCAUUGGACGGGGCCUUGGUUACCAUGGCAGCUGUGGAUCUCUGCCCAGAGAGGCGCGUGUGCAGGCUGUGCCCAGGACGAAGGGCAGUCCCAUGCACACCUACAACAGUGUUGAGAUCACCAAUGUCUAAACUAUGCAGAGCCACCAAGGAUUUCAAUGCAGUUUCCAUUUAGCCUGAGGUUGAUACUGGUGGUUGGACUCAGAAUCAACAUAAUACCUACUUGUUGACAGUAUAAGUUUUCAUCUUAUUUUUUGGAAUUAAAAUCUUUUUCAACUUUAGAGACAUUUUUUUUCUUUUGUUGUACAGUAAAUGUCAAUAGAUCAGUGGACGUAAUGCCUUAUGUUUGAAUUGGGAAAACUAUGAAGAUGUGGUAACAUUCAAAAUUCCACAUUGCAACACUGGUGCCAUGUUUCCUUUCUAAGAAUGAACAUCACAACAUUUCUUUAUCAAGGCAUCUGUUGUAACAUCUAUCAAGGAACAUUAUGCUAAUAAUGUGUUUCCGCAUAUCAAACAAAAGAAUGUUGACGUGUAAAGGAAAAAGUCACUUCUGGGCAAUAAAACAAACCAUCCCA